CCCCCAGCAGGACAUCAUCAUCAUCAGUAGUAAACACGGUCGAAGUAGACGGGUAGCGCUCGACACUGUCGCGACUUCACGCUUCGCCUUUUAAGAAAAAAAAUCUUCUCUGGGAUAUGACUCCCUCGGGCAUCGGUAACGUGGUAUACCAUUGUUGGUGAAAACAUCGCGAUGACUUCUCCGGAAUUUCAGUUUAUAUUUCCUCCCGAGGCUCCUGUAUUUAAGCCGACCUGGGAAGAGUUUCAGGACGCCCUCGGUUAUAUUAACAAGAUACGGCCCAUCGCCGAACAGUCGGGCAUCUGUAAAAUUAUUCCUCCACCGGACUGGCAGCCUCCCUUUGCUGUUGAUGUUGAUAAUUUCAAGUUUACUCCACGUAUACAAAGACUGAAUGAACUUGAAGCGCAUACACGCAUCAAGCUCAAUUUUUUGGACCAGAUUGCUAAAUUUUGGGAAUUGCAAGGCUCAUCUCUGAAGAUCCCUGUGGUUGAGAGGAAAGCUCUUGACCUUUACUCCUUGCACAGACAUGUUUGGCGAGAAGGUGGAAUUGACCAGGUCACAAAGGAACGCAAGUGGAAUAAGAUAGCGUCACAGAUUGGUUUCCCCAGCAAUAAAAACUUAGGAACCCUCCUAAAAUCUCAUUAUGAAAGAAUACUUUUGCCCUUUGAUAUAUUUAACAAAGGAAAAGAAAUUCCAUCUUUGAAAUGUGAAGUGAAGACAGAAGUCAGUGACAAGGACUACAAACCUCAUAAGAUUCCAAGCCGUAUGGCUGGCAAGAUUCCUGAGAGUGAGAAGAAUGGAAGGCGAUCCCGCCGUCACCCAGAUGCUGGGGAUAUCAAAGCCGACACCCAGGUUGGUUUUGGGUCUGAUGAUGAGGAGGAAGGAAAAGGCAGCAAGGAACUGAAGAGGUUGCAAUUUUAUGGUGCUGGACCAAAGAUGGCUGGGUUUGAGAAGGCCUCCCCAGAGGAUAAGGGAAAGACUCGUGGGAAAAAGGUUGACUAUUCAGAUUUAGACCCGUUGGCAAAGUACAUUUGUCUAAAUUGUGGACGAGGUGAUGCCGAGGACCAGAUGCUCUUAUGUGAUGGCUGUGAUGAUUCUUAUCACAUUUUUUGCCUAGUUCCUCCUCUACUGGACAUCCCCAAAGGUGAUUGGCGGUGCCCAAAAUGUGUGGCAGUGGAAGUAAGCAAACCUGUUGAGGCAUUUGGCUUUGAACAAGCUCAAAAGGAAUAUACACUUCAGUCAUUUGGGGAAAUGGCAGACAAGUUCAAGCAAGAUUAUUUCAGUAUGCCUGUACAUUUGAUACCAACAGAAAUGGCAGAGAGAGAAUUUUGGCGAAUAGUCUCAUCUAUUGAUGAGGAUGUUACGGUAGAAUAUGGUGCAGAUUUACAUACGAUGGAUCAUGGAUCUGGGUUUCCCACCAAGAACUCCAAGAAUCUUUUGCCAGCAGAUCAGGAAUAUGCUAUUAGUAACUGGAAUUUGAACAAUUUACCAGUUCUGGAAGGAUCAGUCUUAGGUCACAUAAACUGUGAUAUAUCAGGAAUGAAGGUACCAUGGAUGUAUGUUGGCAUGUGCUUCUCCACAUUUUGCUGGCAUAAUGAAGACCACUGGAGUUACUCCAUUAACUAUCUUCAUUGGGGAGAACCCAAGACAUGGUAUGGUGUCCCAGGAGGCGAGGCAGAAAAGUUUGAAGCUGCCAUGAAAGGUGCAGCACCAGAAUUAUUCCAGGCACAGCCUGACCUGCUCCAUCAGCUAGUCACAAUCAUGAAUCCUAAUAUUUUAAUGAAAUCAGGUGUUCCCAUUGUGAGAACAAACCAGCAUGCCGGCGAGUUUGUGAUCACCUUUCCUCGUUCCUACCAUGCUGGAUUUAAUCAGGGAUAUAACUUUGCUGAAGCUGUUAACUUUGCUCCCCCUGACUGGCUUGCAAUUGGUCGUGAAUGUGUAUUGCAUUAUAGUAACUUGAAGCGAUAUUGUGUCUUCUCUCAUGAUGAGUUGGUAUGUAAAAUGGCUUCAACUCCUGAUGAGUUGGAUCUCACAGUAGCAGCUGCCACCUACCAAGAUAUGCUAAGAAUGGUGGAUCUUGAAAAGAAACUAAGGCGAUCUCUUUUGCACUGGGGAGUAACCAAUGCUGAAAGGGAGGCCUUUGAGUUGCUUCCUGACGAUGAAAGGCAGUGUGACUUUUGCAAGACUACGUGCUUCCUCUCUGCUGUGACCUGUACCUGCACUCAUGAUCGUCUGGUUUGUUUGAGACACUACAAAUUACUCUGUGAAUGUCCUCCAGAAAAUCAUACAUUAAGGUACAGAUACACUUUGGAUGAACUUCCUCCCCUAUUGCAGCGAUUAAAGGUACGAGCAGAGUCUUUUGAUCACUGGGCUGUGAAAGUGAAAGAAGCACUUGAGGCUAAACCAGAUGAUAAAUUAGAACUUAGUGACUUGAAGGAGUUGGUUGAAGAAGCAGAAGCUCAGAGGUUCCCAGACAGUGAACUCUUACAGACAUUAAUUCAGGCAGUUACAGAAGCAGACAAGUGUGCUACAGUAGCAGCUCACUUAGCUACUAAGAAAGUUAGAACUAGGACAAGAGGAAGUGGUGAGGCAAAGAGUCGACUUACUUUAGAGGAACUGAGAUUGUUCCAUGAGCAGAUAGAAUCCUUAGCUUGCACUAUUCGUGAAGGUGAAGCUGUUAAAGAGCUACUAACAAGAGUUACAGCCUUCCAAGAAGAAGCAACAGAAUUACUGAAUCAGCAAAUGCCUGAAUCUGAAACUAUAGCAAAGAUGGUGGACACUGGUUGUUCAUUGGAUAUUGAUCUCCCUGAGCUGCCUAGACUUAAACUGAAGUUGCAGCAGGUUGAGUGGCUAGAGGAAGUUGAAGAAACUUUAGAUGAUUCUUCCUCCCUUACAGUGGAGUGUCUAAGAAAACUUUUAGAUGCAGGAAUAUCCCUGCCUCCCCAUCCAAGGAUUGAAAGAUCCUUGGCUCAGUUACAGCAGUUGCUGAACAAUAUGGAGAUGUGGGAAGAGAAAGCUAAUCAAGCAUUAAAUGCCAAACCAGGUCUUAGUGUUAGUGAAGGUGAAGAAUUGGUUAGGCAAGCUGAAGAGGUUCCCGCUCAUCUACCGAGCGUAAUAGCUUUAAAGGAUGCUGUGAAGAGAGCCCGUGAGUGGACAAAUAAAGUGACCACGCUGCAGAAUGGUGAAACUGCUCCAUUGCUGGAGACAGUAGAAGGGCUAGUGAGUAGGGGCAGGCCAAUUCCAUUGCAUUUGGAGCCCCUUGCUGAUUUGGAAGAAAAUGUAGCAGCUGCACAUUCAUGGUUAGAGAAGACAGCACGAACAUUUUUGAAGAAGAAUUCACAUCUUACACUAUUAGAGGUAUUGGUUCCAAGGACAGAUAUAGGCGUAGUUUCGGGGAAGCGUAAGAGAGUUAAAAGAGAAGAGAUGUCUGCACAGCAACAACAAGCACAGCUUUUAGAUAUAUCAUUUGAAGAUACUGCAAACCCUGCUACAGUAGUGAAGGCUUUCAAGGAAUGUGAAGAACGAGAAUUGGGAGCCAUGAGAGCACUAAGAGCUCACAACCGAAACAAACGUGAUGGUGAAGCUGUGCAGGAGGGAGCUACAUUCUGCAUUUGUCAUAAAGCACCACAACCAAACAUGCUCACGUGUUCUCUAUGCCUUGAUUUGUUUCAUUCUGGAUGUGUCCCUUCAUCUCAUCGCACGAAAGUAAAGCUAAGUAGUGAAGGACGUUUUUUGUGUCCUUCAUGUGAACGCUCCCGACGGCCAAGACUGGAGACCAUUCUGUCACUUCUUGUAGCUCUGCAGAAGUUGCCUGUCAGGUUACCUGAAGCAGAAGCUCUUCAGUGCCUAACUGAAAGAGGAAUGUCUUGGCAAGACAGAGCAAGGAAACUCAUGAAAACUGAUGAACUCACAGCUGCACUUGGAAAGCUGUCUGUUUUCUCUCAGAAGUUGAUAGAAGCCCAGGCCAAGCAGCAUAAGCCCACAUCAUCAGCUGUACGAGAUGAAGAAAAAAUGGAAGUAGAAGAUUCUACAAAUGAUGAUUCUUUGAUGAGUGAAGAUGGGGACAAAGAGUGCCGUGCAGAUAAUUCAAAGAUAGAUAGUGAAAAAGAACCAAAUAAAAAAUCUGAAGAGGGUAGUUGGGAACAUGCAUAUUCCAGUAAUAAGGGAAACAGAGAGAAGAAGACAGAAAUUGACAAGGCCCGAUGGAGUCGCCUUGUAGCAAGUGUUAUGGAAAAUCCAAAUGGUCCCCUCAUUACUCUCUCACCUAAUAUUCGGUCCCAAGUUCAAGACUUGCUGGUGGAAGGAGAGCUGCUUGAAGUUAGUCUUGAUGAGACUAUCCAUUUGUGGAGAGUUUUGCAAGCAGCUAAUCAUCCCCCAGCUAUGCUAGAAGACACAUUGUUGUCCUUAAAUUCAACAAGUAACACUAAUGAAGAUAAAGCUAAAAAAGCAGUUCCAAAAAAGAGGAAGUCACAAGGAGAAGGAAGUGAAGAUAUGCAGCCAAAAUCACCACAAAAGUCUCCUACAAAGAAGACAAAGCUCAUCAAGCCUGGAGCUUUAAAUGCAGAUGGAAAGAUAACUAAAGGAAUUAUUAAGAAAAAGGCAAUUGCCAAAUUAGCUGGAACUGGUGGAGGGGGAGGGGGAGGAGGAAUUCAACCAACAACUGGAAUGGGUUUAAGUGGUGGCUUAGAUAAAAAGAAAAGAGAAGGCCUUAUGCCUAACAAAGAUGGUGUAAAGAAAAAAGGUUGUGGAAAAAAGAAAAGAGCUGUACAGAGUACGCCUAGUGAUGAUGAUGAUGAUGACAAUGAUGAAGCAUGUGCAGCAGUUAGGUGCUUUCAUCCUACAGGACAGAAUGUAGAUUGGGUUCAGUGUGAUGCUUGUGAGGGCUGGUUCCAUUACAUUUGUGUAGGCCUGACUUCAGCCGACGUAAUAGAAGAGGAGGAGUAUAUAUGCAAACGAUGUCUGCCAAAAAGAGUAAAUAAAGCAGCAGGCACCAAGGCAUCAGGGGCAGCCAAAGCAGUAGCUCCAAAGCCAGGGGAGUUGACGGAAGAGGAGAGUGUGGACAUCCUCCUCAGCCUAGCUUCAAGUCUGCCACCAAAGGAGUAAGUGUGUGAUGCUCCUUAAAGUGAUUAAACUUCAUUGUGGUGUGAUGAUGGGUUUUGAAGUUGGGCAUUUUGGAAAGAAGCACUUGCUUCUCAGAUUCCAGAGAAAUUUGCUUGAGUUUCAGAAGUUAAAUAUUUUUGUUAAUUAUAAUACAAAACUUGGCUAUUGCGGUGUAAAUAUAGAAUACAUAUGCAGAAUCAUAUUGUAGAAUUUUUUCGUAAGGAGAGGUUAGCAGCUCAGAUGCACGAGUUGUGCAUUGGGUUUUUCCUUCAUUAUAGUUUUGGAGGCAGUUGAAGGACCUCCUGUCCAUUAGAGUGUUUUCUUCACCAUAUUGCCAUGUUGGCUUUAGUGGGUGGCAAAUAGACUUCUCUAAAUAGAAUUUACUUUAUAAAAGGAUGAAUGCCGUAUUGGCUUGUGUUAGCCAAAUUGAAUUAUUUUCAUAUUUGACACUGCAUUCCCUUUCAUUUAUCCAAUUACCCCAGUUUGCAGCAGUCUGACCAAAGAUGAACCAGAACUUUUAAUUUUCAGUAUUUUAUUAAGCACUCGUUAUGACAAUACAGUCUUGAAUAAGGAAAGCCUAAACGUCAGAUUACCAUGAUCAGACAUUCAUUCCAGUUUGAAAGCAUACUGUAAUAAAUUUUCAGUUUUUUUGUGUGUUUUCCCCUUUUAUCUUUGUCUCCUUAUGAAGCCUUUGUGAUCUUACUUUCAUGGACAGUGUUUUGUAGACUGUUUACAUCACAGGUUCCCAUAUUCACAGGUAUUUAUUUUCAUGAUGAUAUGAACAAUAUGAUUCCGAUACUGGUCAAGAUAUAAUAGGGUUUUGGAUGAAUAUAAUGGUCUUGUUACUUACACAUUGUUUAUGAGAUACUGUUUGUUCGUACAGAACCUCUUUGCAAAUAUUAUGUACAAAGCCCAGGAGAGGGAGUAAAGUUGUAUUUAUAUGCCAAAUUCACUGUGCUGUACAUGCUAUUUUUGGAAGUCUUGUUUAUAAGUAAGGUAUUUUGUUCAUUUUCUUCUUCUGUUCUUCAACGUACAAAAAGUAUAUUGUGUUUUCUUCCAUUGUCUGUAUAAAUUUCAUCUCGUCGCCAUUAUUUUCAAGAAACCUUUUGCUUGAAAGUGUUCCUUUUGGACAAGCUUUUGUACAUUUCAGGAGGCCUCAUUCAUCAUUACACAAUAGUGGCUUAACUAGUCAUGUAAUUAAUCAUUCAGUAUUUUGUAUCCUCAACAUAGACUGAUUAGCACAUAUCUAAAUUAAAACACAAUGCAAUUCAAGUAAUGUAUGUAUUUGAGUUUUGUAGUUGUAAUGUAGCAUUUGACUUGUAGUAUGGUCAAAUUUUGCAAUACUAUACAUAUUUAAGCAAUACAGUACAGGUUCCCGUGAUGAAAUUUGAUAUAAAAGUAUUUUCUUGGAUUAACAGUGAAAUUUAAUGCUUGUCACUAUAGGUGCUAAUAAGUCUUGAGACACUUUUCUGCCCAUAUCUUGUGCAUCUGCUGCCAGUAUGUGUUACAUCUUAUGAUGGAUCAUUGACAAUGGGUUGGCAAUUUUCUAAGAUAGUAUUAACUUCCUCAUAAUUUUAUUGACCAUGUUAUCACCAACCAUCCAUAAGACAAAGCCUCCAAUUAGCAGCCCACCUUAUUUAUGCUGGGUAAAUGAUCUCAGUUGCUCUACAAAUUACAGUUGCUAAUAGCAACUUGUACCAUAAUUUUUUCCCAACUUUUUACAAAAUGUUGAGUGUAUUUGUUCAUAUAUUUAAGGCUGUACAGUUCAUCAUUUUUCCAUUAUGUACACAAUUUCGUUUUUCUCAAACUUUGUAUAAUUUUGUCCUUGAGUAGAGAUACAAAUCCCAAAGAGGGUGAGUAUGGUAUACACAAACAUAUGUAUUCAUAAUGCACCAGGGUUAUUUCUCAGAGUUUAUUCAACCUUUAUAAAAUCCCUUCAUGAAAUUCAAGCAUACUGGCUUUCUUUGAUUAACUGAAGGUGUCUCUACAGGGACAAAAGCAGAGGACAAAUUGGUAAUAUCUAUUUCAUGCUAAGAGGAAAGAUCUUAAGUGAGUAUAGUGCCCAUGUAAUUUAUGUUCUUUUGAUAGUUAAGUUGGUUACUGAACUUGUGUUGAAUCAUUUUUGAUGAAAAAAAAUUACUGAUUUGUGCCUCAAAAAUUACCAGUGUACCUGUGUUAGUUUAGCUGCACUGUUCUUGGUAUUAAAGAAAUACCUUGAAAGCUUUAGAAA